ACUUAGCACGCACACAAACAGAGUUUGCUAUUCGCCACAGAAUCGAUUGGUCCCUUGGAGUCAGCAUUCAACGGUGAAUUCGGCUGUAUGCGCUGAGCAGGCCGGAUCCAUGGCAACUGCGCGUUCGAAAAAUCAAAACUUAGGCUUGAUCUGUGUGGUCUGUGGAGAUACCAGCUCUGGAAAACACUAUGGGAUUUUAGCCUGCAAUGGUUGUUCAGGAUUUUUCAAAAGAAGCGUUCGCCGGAAACUCAUCUACAGAUGCCAGGCCGGAACUGGACGGUGCAUUGUUGACAAAGCCCACAGAAAUCAGUGUCAGGCGUGCCGCCUUAAAAAGUGCCUUCAAAUGGGAAUGAAUAAGGAUGCGGUGCAAAAUGAGCGACAGCCGCGAAACACAGCUACUAUUCGUCCUGAGACGCUGCGGGAGAUGGAACACGGACGAGCUUUGCGGGAAGCGGCCGUUGCUGUAGGAGUGUUUGGACCACCCGUGUUAUUGUCUCCACCUUGCUAUGGUUCUGGGCUGUUACCACCUCCUACGAUUUCCGGUAUUCCCACAAAUCGUCGACUACAUCACAAUCACAUUUCGAAGGCCAUACAACUUUCGUCAAAUGUAUCACACGCAGGCAGCUUUUCUGUUUUUAAUAAUAAUCUACAAUUUUCAAAAGAGAAUUCCUAUACUACGUCAAUGGAUCUCUCGAAUGGAACAGUCUCUGUGUCUACGAACUCAAGUAGUACGAAUUCUAUAGAUCCGAGUUCCCCCAUAUCAGAUGCAGAUAAGAAUCCUGUGGGAGGAAGUGUUUCGUCCAUAAGCUCGAGCAGUUCUGUCCAUGCUAACGAUAAUGAUGAUGACUCCAUUGAUGUUACCAAUGAUGAGGAGCCCCUUCGAAGCGAGAAAGGCGAAUGCCAUUUUACAAUACCAACGUUUGUACCGCAAAACUUGUACGUUCAGCCACAUGAAACUGUUUAUGAAACAAGUGCGCGUUUGCUUUUUAUGGCGGUAAAAUGGGCAAAGAAUUUGCCAAGUUUUGCAAGUUUGUCAUUCCGCGACCAGGUUAUUUUAUUGGAAGAAUCGUGGUCGGACCUAUUUUUACUCAACGCUAUUCAGUGGUGUAUUCCUUUGGACCCAACAGGUUGCCAUCUGUUCUCAGUUUCCGAACAUUGUAACAACUAUGACAGCGGCCCUGACAAUGAGAACUGUGUGUCUAAAGAAGAGGUAGCUGCCAGUGUACGAACAUUACACGAAAUUUUUUACAAAUACAAGGCAGUUUUAGUUGAUCCUGCAGAAUUCGCUUGUAUGAAAGCAAUAGUUUUAUUCCGACCUGAAACCAGGGGACUUAAAGAUCCUGUACAAAUAGAGAACUUACAAGACCAAGCACAUGUGAUGCUGUCUCAACACACCAAAUCCCAAUUCCUGACCCAAAUCGCCCGGUUUGGUCGACUUCUUUUGAUGCUGCCGCUUCUGCGAACUGUGAAUUCACAUAAAAUCGAGCUGAUAUAUUUUCAACGUACAAUUGGAAAUACACCAAUGGAGAAAGUGCUUUGCGAUAUAAUAUUUGUAUAA